AUGAGUUUCGCUGCUGAACGAGAACGUCGUCAAACAGCUGGUAACCGUCUGAAGCGUUUGCUUGAACAGCAAGAAGAUCCUGACGAUGAAUUUUAUGGUACAGCAUAUGGUGGCUUCGUUGACGAAGAUGAAGAUAAUGAUUAUCGUUCUGAAGAUUCAGAAGAGGAUGUUGUCGACUCCGAUUUCGAUCAAGAAGAUGAGCAACAACAGCAAGAAGAAGAAAAUCAAGAUCAAAGCAAUGUGAAUAAGAAACAUAAAAUCGAUGAUGGUAGUGAUGACGAAGAAACGAGCAAGCCGAAGAAAAAGAAGGUUGUCUAUCAAGCACAAAGUCUUCAACAAGAAUUAAAAGCGCAGAAAAAAGAAGAACAAGAACAAAGUGGCGAAUCAAAACUAACUCGACGACAACAAAAAAAAGCGAAUGCACCCAAAAUUGAAGCGAAAACAUUACGUAAUUCUACUAGUGUCAAACGUGUUGAACUCGAAAAACGUCAAAAAGAACGACAGGAACGUCGUAAAUAUCUCAAAGGUGUUGCAUCUCUACGUAAUACUGGUGAAGUGCGGAAACUAACUCAAGAAGAGUUACUCGAAGAAGCGAAAAUAACAGAGGAAAUCAAUUUAGAAUCAUUAGAGGCGUAUCAACAAAUUGAAAUGAAGAAAAAAGAAACUAAACGUAUGAAAUUAAUUCAAGAAUGUCCACGCAUUUGCACAAGUUCAAUGACGAUUGUAAACGAGCCUAUGAGUGAUCAAUGGAAUGAUAUUCUCGACGAGAAUUACCAAUUAGAACCAAAUUCAGAUCGUUGCUCGAGGACAUUCAUUUCAUUCACGCAUUUGCAAACGUAUAAUGACACAUUCUCGACACUAAAUACUUCCAAUCGUCGUCGUCGUCGUUUAUGUCCAGUCACUGGCAUGCCUGCGCAAUAUUUCGACCCAUUAACACAAAUGCCUUACGCUUCGUUAGAAGCAUUUCAAAUUCUUCGACGAAUUUACGCCGAAGAACUGAAAAAACAAAAACGAACAGCAUCGGUUUUAAUUGAUGCUCAGAGAGACGUCAAUCUUAAUAUACUUCGUUGA